AUGGAGGGCGUUCGUGGUCAUCUCCAGAAAUUCUCCACUCAGGUCGGCAGCUAUGUACCAGACUUGACAAGAGAACAUCUAUCAAAGUUCUCGGCUCAGCUAAACGGCUACCUACCAGAUCUCAGCCAGGAACACCAUCGUCGUAUCAGCAAUGAGAUAGGAAAGCAGCUGAGUGCCGACGAAGUUCAAGCUUAUCCCGAGUAUCCACAUGUGAAUUGGGAUCUCAAAGCGGAGAAGAAGGAGCGAAUCGAUGUGGCUGAUGGCAGAGGCGGUCCUUUCAAGCUUUCUUAUGAGCUUCACGGUAGAGGGCCAAGGAAGAUCGUGUUCAUCAUGGGUCUAGGCGGCUACAUGAAGACAUGGCAGCGGCAGACGAAAGACUUCGGACAUACUGAAGGCGACAAGUACACAUGCCUCAUUUUCGACAACCGUGGGAUCGGUGACAGCGACAAGCCACUUCUUCGCUACACGACCUCCGAGAUGGCUGCAGAUGCCGUAGAGCUACUACAACACGUCGGCUGGACUGACGAGCGAAGUAUACAUGUCAUAGGCAUAAGCAUGGGCGGCAUGAUUGCUCAAGAACUGGCCCUCCAAAUUCCUCAGCACAUCUGCAGUCUCAACUUCAUAUCCACAGCACCCCGAAUCGUGCGGACACUCCCAUACAUGGAGAACAUGCGGAAUCGGAUCAACCUCAUGUGGCCAAAAGCUCUCGACGCACAGAUCAGUAAAGUGAAGGCCGACUGCUACAGUGCCGCAUGGCUCAAGAAACCAGACGAGACAGAGUCCGUAGUGCAACCUUUCCCAACAAAUGGUGAUCGGUUCGCGGCAGGCGAGCUAAGCAAGCGCCUUGCGCCGGGCGUCUUUCAACCCAAAGGUUUCCUCUGCCAGCUCUACGCUGCAGGCUUUCACCACAAAAGCGAUGAGCAACUGAACGAACUUGCCAACGCUGUCGGCCGCGAGCGCAUCCUCGUGCUCCACGGCACAGACGACCAUAUGAUCGACUUCGUGCACGCUGAGAUGAUGCUAGCGGGCCUGGGAGGAACAGAGCGCGGUGUCAUCUUCAGUAAGCACGAGGGUCUUGGCCACGUUGCUCCAUUCGAGAUCCGGCACAAGUUUAGGGAGAUCAUUGCUGGACGGAUUGAGGUGACGGAGGGUUUGGCCAAGGUAGGAGAGAAGCGAUAA